CGAAAGUAUAAAUACGAAAAGAUAGGCAGCGCUUGGGAAGGGGAUAUGGAGUUGAGUGUCUGAGCACAGUGCUACUAGUUUCAGUUAUGGCGGCUGCUGCAGCUCUCACUUCCGCCCCUUUCCUCCGCCGCUGCGGCUCAUUUCUCGCAACCAUCAGACUAAUCAACAAUCGCCGCCGCAUAAUCCACACUGUUGCCAAUAGGAGCCCUAUCGCCAAUGGCGAAUCCGUAUCAUUAUCACCAUUGACAUCGUCAUCUACCAGAACAAAAAUUGAACCUCAGUUUAUGUGUUACUGCACGGGGAUCGAAGCGGAGGCGGAGUCUGCGACGGGUACGGCGGAGGCAGAGAAAGACACCGUGAAGGAGGCGGCGAACACUCUGGAUAUAAGGGUGGGGAGAAUCAUCAAGGCCUGGAGGCACGAGGAGGCGGAUUCUCUGUACGUGGAGGAGGUGGAUGUCGGUGAGGCAGAACCAAGGACUAUCUGCAGCGGCCUUGUCAAAUACGUUCCUCUUGAACAGCUCCAGGAGAGGAAUGUAGUUGUUCUUGCUAACCUAAAGGCUAGAAAUAUGCGCGGUGUGAAAUCGUUUGGAAUGCUGAUGGCGGCUUCUGAUGCGGCACAUGAGAAUGUGGAGCUUCUUGUGCCUCCUGAGGGUGCAGUGCCCGGUGACAGAGUCUGGUUUGGUUCCAUUGAUGAAAAAGAUAGCUUACCCGAUGCUGCUUCUCCUAACCAGAUUCAAAAGAAAAAGAUAUGGGAACAAAUCCAGCCUCACCUAAAGACAGACCACUCCGGCUUUGCUAUACUUGAUGCGAAGCACUCUAUGCGAACAUCAGCUGGUCCUAUCAUCUCCCAAUCUCUCAAGAAUGCCAACAUUUCAUAGUCAUCUUUGAUCCCCCUGCCCUUAAUCCUAUGGGAGAUUCAGACUCACAAGAGACCAUUUGUUGUUCUUUUUCUUCUUUUAAGAUAUGUUAUGUCCUUAGUUAUGUGUUCACAUUUACUGUAAUCUUCCAAUGAGAGGUUGUAAAGUUUCUCGACUAUAAAUUCACUUUCUUGAUUAA